AUGGAAAUCUACGAACCGGGAAAAUCGCCAGAAUCGACGAUCCGGACCGAGGUACCGGACAAACAACAUGAACCAGUCCUACCCGAACAGUUUCGCAAAGCGUACGACGCGUUGGAUAAGGCGUUGGACGGUUUGAACAAGGGAGAUUAUGAAAAUUCCAUGCAGUGGGCUUGCAAGGCGGUAACCCUGUUCGAAGCAGCUCUGGCAAAUCCUGUUGCCAUGGACUCUGGCAAACCAAUGGCUGAUGGGGACGAAGUGAAAGAAAACGGCGGCAAUUCUGCGGUUCCCGCUCCCGCAACCUCGGAAGAAAAUCCAGCUGGUUCUCCCGAGAUUCCGUUGGUAAACGGCCACACAGACAAAGGUGCUGCGGACGAAGCGAAUCUCACAGUCUCUGCGAUUGCAAAUGCAUCUGAUGUGGAUACAUCAACAACUCCGACCACAGAGCCGGAUGUUGAGUCCAUAAACGCGGAGCAGUUACGACUAGCCCGGGCAAAUUACUGUCGAGCACUGUUGUUAAAUGCAACCUAUCUGGCUCUGGCUGGUCGGGCUGCGGACGCGCGUCGUCUAUUUCAGAUCAUUACUGCAGAAGACUCGGGUGCUGAAACCAUUGUACGCGUAAACGCACUGAUCAAAUCCGCUUGCUUGUCCAUGUCAGUGGACCAGGAUUUUGCCGCCUGCCUAUACGAUUUUCAGAACGCACAAAGUGCCUGCCCCGAGUGCCCAGAUGUAUACUUGCAUCGAGGACAGAUAAAUUUACUGGCUGAUCAGUUGGACGAGGCGUUACACGACCUGAAUACCGCAGUCAAACUGAAGCCGGAGUUUUCAAUUGCGCAGGCUCAGAGACUGUACACACUGUACCGGCGCGCAUUAAACGAAUCAAAUCCGGAUCGUGCCACUGCUCGUGUUGAAGAUUUCCGCAAAUUGUCUCAGAAAUAUCCAAACUGUUUGGAAACACAUUCCCUAUUCGCUCAGAUUCUCACGGAACGGGGCGAUCUCAGUGCGAGUGAUGAGGAGUUCGCCAAGGUUAUCGAAUUGGCACCGGACUCUGGUUUGGCCUAUGCUCAUCGUGGUUUGUUACAGUUGCGUUGGAUGCAAGAUCGGGAUGCGGCGCAUAAAUGGUUCACUCUCGGUGCUAAAGCCGAUCCAAAAUGUGAAUUAAUCCACGAAUUGCUCGGACAGCUCGCGGUUGAAAGGGGCCAAUUCGCGACUGCGUUGAAACAUUUCGACGCGGCUAUCCGAGAGGCAAAAACUUUGAACGACUUGGCUCACUUGAUUGCGCUACGCGAAGGUGUCCAGGCGCAAAGUCGCGUGUGUGAGAAGUACAACAUUUCUAUCACUGAUGUGAUGGCCACACUCAAACGUGAACAACAACAGAUGAUGAUGGGUAUGAGCUAG